CUGGGAUGUCACCAUCCUGCUUGGGUAUCCUUGGCCAAUCUCGCCUCUCUUCGCAGUGUAACUCUUCCCAACUAUUUACCAUGUACCUCGUCCUGCUGUUUUCUUUCGCUUUUUCUUUCUCUCUCUGCCGCAAGACCUGAAUAAACUACUAGUACUCGGGUCCCCUUGCCUGCUGCGGCCUACCACUAUAUACUUCCGAACCGUCCCGCCUCACCUUCCUCUUCAAAAUGCCGGGCAAAACCACAUCCUCGCCUCGAAUUACUAAAUUCACCAAUUGCCGGAUUGUGAAAGGCGCUGAAUUAGUCAAAGAAGACGUUUGGAUUGAUUCACUGUCAGGGAAGAUCCUCAAAGACCAAGAAGCGUUCUAUGACUUCCAUCUUUCCCCGGAUGAAAUCAUCGAUCUGGGUGGGCGCAUCGUCGCCCCGGGCCUUAUCGACGUGCAGCUCAACGGCGCCCAGGGCUUCGAUUUCUCCGUGCCUCAGGCUACCACAGAAGAAUAUGAUAAGGGUCUACGGAUGGUGAACAAGGGCCUUGCCCGGAUGGGGGUUACUUCUUAUCUGCCUACCGUGGUGAGCUCCACGCCAGAGGUCUACUGGAAAGUUCUACCCUCAUUAGGUCCCUCAGGAAGUGACAGCCAGCCCGAAGAUGGCGCAGAGUCUUUAGGCGCCCAUGUGGAAGGCCCGUUCAUCAGUCCCGGCCGCAACGGCAUACACAAAACCGAAGUACUCCGCGCAGCCCAGAGCCUAGAAGACAUCGUCGAGUGCUACGGCUCGGACAAUCUAACGGGGCCAGCUCAGACAGUCAGGAUGAUCACUGCUGCGCCUGAAGUCGGCAAUAUGCUGGACCAAAUCCCGUCCCUGACCUCCAAAGACAUCAUUUAUUCCAUCGGCCAUUCGGACGCAUCCUACGAGCAAGCCCUAGCGGCCACUCAGCGGGGUGCGACCAUGGUCACGCACCUGUUCAACGCCAUGCGCCCUUUCUAUCAUCGCAGCCCCGGUAUUUUCGGGUUGUUCGGCCAGAAUGAUCGCCCCCGUCCAUACUACGGCGUGAUCGCCGACGGCAUCCACCUGCACCCGACGUCCAUUCGCAUUGCCUACAAUGCCCACCCAGCCGGUCUGGUCCUAGUGACUGACGCCAUGAGACUAUGCGGGCUUCCCGACGGAGUUUAUGACUGGACCAACGGGGACCGCAUCGUUAAAGUCGGUGCACGACUGACCCUCGAGGGUUCGGAUAAGAUCGCCGGCAGCUCGGCCACGCUGAUUGAGUGUGUCAAUAACUUCCGUAGGUGGUCGGGGGCCUCGACCGCAGAGGCCCUGAACGCCGCGACGGCCACCCCGGCCCGUCUCCUGGGCUUAGAGGGAGUCAAGGGCUCGCUGAGCAAGGGCGCGGACGCGGAUCUGAUUGUCCUAGAUGAUGAAGAAGAUCCCUUCUCCGGUCCGACCUUGGUUAUCCGCCAAGUCUGGAAGAGGGGCGUGAAGGUCUUUGACACUGCCCAGGAUUCUGCUGUUGCUCCUUCGAAGGCCUGAAGACGGCUAUCCAUUUGAGUUUGCUUGGAAUGGCUUUGCUUUUUCUUUUCUCUCUCUUUCUUGAGCGUGUGAGGAUAGAGUGGUGAUAAACGAUCAGAUCAGAUCUGCGGGUGUAGCACUCCAUGAAUGGCCACUAGAGCGCUAGACUGGAGAUGCUGCAGCGGUUUCUUGGAGCCACGUAUCAAUUCUUCUAGAACAAUGAAUAAAUGGUAUAUAGUAUUCUGCUGCUGCAUGCCGAGAUGGAGUUUGAGUGAAACACUAGAAAAG